GGAAUUUACAAAUGAGUUGGUUUUUAACAAAAUGUCUUUCUGGGUGUUUUUGCUGAUGCUAUUUGUAGCAUUUUUCUCUCAGGACCCAACAGUUAAUGGCCAGAUGAUUGCAAGCUCUGCACAGAAACCGACAGCAGAACAGUGUCAGAGGCAAUGUCAAGGUCUCUACAACUUUUACAAGUCUUUCAUCAAGUCUGCUGAGAUUUUGGAGCGGUUUUUGGGCUCGUGUUUGCAGCUCUGUCCGCCUCCGACUCCAGAUAUUACUACCACUCUACUUUCUAUCAUUACCAGUACCACUGCUAGACCAACUAUCUCAGCAUCAGACUGUGGUAUCUCUGGAAGCAGAGACCGUGUGGUGGGCGGUGUUCAGGCCGGCGAAUGUGAGCUGCCCUGGGUGGUCGAGAUAGUCUCCCCAUGUGUGAACUGUGGCGGCACCAUAGUGGACAGACGUCACAUAGUGACCGCUGCCCAUUGCCUAACGCCCAGUGUCACAGGCUGUAGGGUGAAUGCCUCGGACAUCACCAUCCGAGCUGGGUCAUCGAGCCUCAGCAUGACUACGGCCUACAGAGUGUCCAACUUCACCAUUGACCCGCGCUACAACGCAGAGACAAAAGAUUUUGACGUCGCCGUACUGACCUUGACCCAAGAUUUGACCCUAUCCCAAUGUGUGCGGCCUAUCUGUGUCCCCCUGCAGUCUGACGACCCUGCCAAAGCAGAAGAGUGUCUGGUGGCUGGAUGGGGCAAAACUAGUGAACAGUCGGUUGAUAGAUUUCACAUCAACGAACUUCAGAAAGCCAAACUGCCAAUCGUCGAUCUGAGCGCGUGCCAGAACAGCUACAGAAACUACAAGAUGACUGUCAACCAAUACAAACUCUGCGCGGGAAACUUAACAGCAGGAGGCGUAGACUCGUGUCAGGGAGACUCUGGAGGUCCACUGAUGUGCUACCAAAACAACAGAUAUUUCUUCUACGGCAUUGUCUCUUUCGGCUUGGGUUGUGCCCAACCUGGCUACCCUGGAGUGUACACCCGUGUCAACAACCCUGAAAUAUCCGGCUUCAUAAAGAACUCUACGCAAGUCUAACCCAGGUCGUCUGCUCAAAGUUACACUCCAACCCAAAAACACAAAAACCUCAAGAAAUCAAACCGAACUGCUCAACAACUGAAUUAAGCCUCAGACCAAACCGUGGACCGAAUUAUUGCAACUGUAAAACUGAAUAUCUGAAAAUAUUAAGAAUUUAAAUUUAUCAAAAGGAAACAUUUUUAAGGGGAAAAGGAAACAAAACAUGCUAGGUAAAAAAAAUGCAUGAAUUGUAUAGAAAAAUUAUAAAGUAAAAGAAAAAUUACCGAUUGUUUUUCUUGGUACAAUACUCAAUAUAUAAAUGGCAACAUCACUAUGGCUGUUUCAUAUGAAUUGAUUUCAAAUUCAAAAGAGAAAUGUUAUAUACAUAAUUGAUUGAUGCAACUCAAUGAAAAGAUUGUUUCUAUAUUAUUAAGUGUUUUACAAGUGCAAUAACUCAGCCUAAAAAAAAGAAAAGAUUUAUUUAAUAACA